CUGGGCCACGCCGUCACCGAUACUGACAUGGCCUGCACGUUCAACACGAAAGAAGGGGUAUACCAUCGAACGCCUCGUAACCAGACUUCACACAAGGAAAUGCUUCGGUACAUCUUCGACGGCGAGUUAUGAUAAAAACUCAUAGAACGGCGUUUAACAAUGCGUACCGAAUAAGUUGCUGUGAUGUGUGAUGCGAAAGCUGAAAAUGUACUUUAGACAAGAUUCGAAUAGAAGCGUAUUUAGCCAUUCAGUAAGGUAUAUAUUGUAUGGCGGACGAAGUUUUGUCUUUAAAAACAUAUCUGUAUGGUAUUCUCUUAGCAGCCUUUGACGGCCUCAUGAGCACGACGGCAUGGAUUCGAACCAAAUGUGUGUAUCAUUCAAUAUGUGGAACUCAGUGAAAAGUAGUUGACCGCUAAUCUACGUAACGCACAUUCAUAUGAUAACUCCGUCUAGUUACGCUUAAUCAUUCAAACGUUGGUCAACUCAAAUAUUUUUGUAAACGCAGCAAUACUUAUGUAACAUUAUUUCAUACUACAGUAAAAAGUUGUUUGUACCUAAUGAGUAUCUGAGUUAGCAAGUAGAUUACCUGUAACCUUGUGUUGUUUUUCCAGAAUGGUAAUUAGAACUAACCAUUUUUUUAAAAGUUAGCUUCGAGACGGGUCAUAAAGCUAACACCCUCCUCACCAUAUUCCAAUGUCGUACUUUACUGGCCCCUUAGUGCAAGCUGUUACUUCAUAGCAUUGGUUUCCACAGAAUUGCUUCAUCCAAGGAUAAAACUGUCACCGCAUUAUCUAGAAAAAGUAACGAAUAUGUUCUUUACAUACGAUACGCUUAUACGAGAUUCCGAUGUGCGAACGCGAGAUCACGACGCAAGAUCGCUAUAGUUAUAUCAUAAGAACACGUGUCAAGUUAAUAUUGUUUAAUUUAAUUAGUUUAAAGAUAUAAUUUUAUGUCAACAUGAACCUUUUAUGAUGUCGUUAAUAUGCCAUGACAUUUCUUGGUGUUUCAAUUCUGAUUCAGAAACAUAUUACGUACAGUAAAAAUACAUCGGCAUAUAUCGUCCUAACUCAACAUUUAGUUUCAAUUCCAAACGAAGAGUAUACGAACAUGUUAAAAUUUGGAUAAAACAUUAUGAUGUUAACAAUUUCUAUUCAGAAGCGUUCAAACGUGUUACCUUCUGAUUAACAUGUGUUACCAUCUGAUAAAACAAAACGUUUGAAUUUUAAGUUAAUUGGUAGAAAUGUAAUGUUUAAUGUAGUGAUGCCUAGCAGGCCAUAAACACGUGCACGUGUUGGAGACAGAUGUUCUUCAUGUUUUGUCGGCUUUUACAUAUGAAAGAAAAUAGCACAGAUUUGCCAAACAAAAUAAUAAAAAGGAUAAAAUUUACAAGUAAACAAAACUUGUAGUAAGGACAUUAGCAGUGUAUUGACAUCGACUGGGCUUUUACUAAGGUACUGGAUUGUUUGUGAGAUCUUACAGCGAAGAUGAAACGUUGCGGCCAGUUGAUUGGACGUCGUUCGUCCACGCGAAUGGUGCUCUUUUCUAGCGUAGCUGUCACCGCAUUGUUACUGGUGUUGCAUGUAUUCAGAAUCCUUGGCGACGAACCUCAACUGGACGAGAAAGACUCUUACAUGGGCCAAAUGGCAGUCAAAGUAAAACAACUGGAUGAGAAAGACUCGAACAUCGGUCAAAUGACAGUCAAAGUAAAACAACUGGACGAGAAAGACUCUAACAUCAGUCAAAUGGCAGUCAAAGUAAAACAACAGCCGUCUGGAAAACUGAAAUACUUAAAUCCCAUCGAUAGAAUUAAAGAAACAAAUGAAGUCAUCAAACAAGAUUGUCGUGCACGUGACGUGUUGUUGUCACAAAAGCCACUGCCGGUCGGGGGCCUCGUCAGCUUUCCUGGUUCCGGAAACACUUGGGUGCGCCACCUGCUGCAGCAGUUAACAGGAAUCGGGACAGCUAGCGUCUAUUGUGACGGGACUCUGAGUCGCAACGGUUCCCCUUCGAGUGUCACGGUAACUGGAGCGAGGUCCUGGUCGUAAAGUCGCAUCUAUUCAAUGGUAUCGUCCAUGUGUUUUGAAACCAGCGAUAUUGACCGGUUCGACCGGACCAUACUUCUCAUUCGAGACCCGCUCGAUGCCAUGCUGUCCUACUUUACAUGGGCGGCCACUGGGUCUCAUACCCGCGUAACCGACAAGGAGGAUGUACUAAAAGCCUCUCAUAAACUGUUUAGUACAUGCCUGUCCUGGUACUUACGCGUCAUCAACGUCACGUUAACCAGAUCACGAGGUCCAGUGGCCGUGAUUCGGUACGAGAGGUUGGUUUCUGAUACGGUGGCAGAGCUAAGAGCUCUAUCACAUUUUCUGGGCCACGCCGUCACCGAUACUGACAUGGCCUGCACGUUCAAAACGAAAGAAGGAGAAUACCAUCGAACGCCUCGUAACCAGACCUUCCACAAGGAAAUGCUUCUGUACAUCUUCGACGUCGAACGGCGGGCGAGUGUAGAAGAUGUUGUCAGAACCGCAGAAAGACUCCUGGUAAAACAAGGAGUUCAACAAGGAGUACUGAAUAAAUUGCUGUGAUAUUUGAUGCGAGAGCUAAAAAUGUACUUUAAACACGAUUGGAAUA